AUGGAGUCUGCUAGUUGUUCAGCUGCCGUUGUAGGCAACGGAGGCGUGGGAUCCCAGCGGGACCUGAGCCUGGUGCCUGAGCGGCUUCAGAGACGUGAACAAGAGCGGCAACUGGAGGUGGAAAGGCGGAAGCAAAAGCGACAGGACCAGGAGGUAGAGGAAGAGAAGAGUGACUUUUUCGCCGCUGCCUUCUCCCGGGAGAGAGCAGCGGUGGAAGAGCUUCUGGAGGGCGGGGAGUCCGUCGGGCGGCUGGAAGAGGCGGCGGUCCGACUCCAGGGGCUGCAGAAACUUCUCAACGACUCGGUGUUGUUCCUGGCUGCCUAUGACUUGCGGCAGGGACAGGAGGCGCUAGCGCGACUGCAGGCGACCCUAGCCGAACGGCGCCAGCAGCUGCAGCCCAAGAAGCGUUUCGCUUUCAAAACACGGAGGAAGGAUGUCGCAUCCGCCACCGAAGUAGACGCGGCUGCUGGCGCCCUGGUAGCUGAAGGCAUGUUGGCCACUCCACCGCCCUUGAAAGAGGAGCGAGACCUCGGCUCCAGAUGGAUCUGUGGCUUCUCCAAUCUGGAGUCUCAAGUCUUGGAGAAGAGAGCGGAAGAGCUGUACCAGCGUGACAUCCUUUUGACCGAGCUGAGCCACUGCACGAUCAGACUGUAUGGCAAUCCCAACACCUUGCGGCUGACCAAGGCUCGCGGCUGCACAGUGCUCUGCGGGCCAGUGUCCACCUCCGUGUUCCUAGAUGACUGCAGUGACUGUGUGCUCGUCGUGGCCUGCCAACAGCUCCGCAUCCACACUACAAAAGACACCCGCAUCUUCCUGCAGGUGACCAGCAGGGCCAUUGUAGAGGACUGCCACGGGAUCCAAUUCGCCCCAUAUACUUGGACCUACCCGGGGAUCGAUGAGGAUUUCCAAGGCUCUGGUUUAGAUAGGAACAAAAAUAACUGGAAGGACAUUGAUGAUUUCAACUGGCUGGCUCGGGAUGUGGCCUCCCCCAACUGGAGUAUUCUUCCUGAGGAGGCGCGGACAGUCCAGUGGGACUAA